AUGCUCCAAGGCAGCAGCCGUAGUAACUCGCCUUCCCGUCGUCCCCACUGCCAGCGCAGUCGCUCACCAUCUCGUGACGAUUCUUUGCAUCGCUCUGAAUCGAAAAAAUCGCAUCAAAACCGUCGUCGACGCCGCGGUAAACGUCGUGAAAUGGGUAAAAAGAAGGACCGGAUUCCCGAUAAUUGGGUCGAUGUGGCCAAAAUGGGUACAUUUAUAGGCACGUCACGAUUUGUGCCUCUUCGUGUCCCUCUGGAUGCCAAAUAUUUGCCCCAAUUUGAGACAAAAAAGGACGAAAUUUGGACCCCAACGGACUUUUUAGCCACUCAACAAGACCAAAAUCUUAAUAUUAAGAUGAUUAUUGACCUCACAAACACUUUCAAAUAUUACAAUGGAAAGAAUGAAUUUCAGGAUUCUGGAGUAAAAUAUGUCAAGAUUGAGAUUGAAGGGUUCAGGGGAGCUAUUGCAGUGCAUUGCACUCAUGGACUCAAUAGAACGGGAUAUCUCGUUGUCACGUACAUGGUGAAGAGGCUCAAUUGCUCGGUGACAGAAGCUCUGGAAGCUUUCAAGGUGGCUCGACCACCGGGACUGAUUAAGCACAUGUACAUUGAAGAUUUGUACAAACAAUUAGGAAAAGAUGAAGAGGUACAACUACCAGAACUUCCGGAAUGGGCUAGUGCGAAGUACAGUAGAAAAGCAGGGGAGGGAAAAAGGCGGGCGUAG